AUGUGCUUUCAAAAGGGUCCUGCAAGUUGGGGUGGAUAUGAACUAGGGCAAGCUCAAAUGUUCCUUGGCUUGAGUUCAAGAAAUCUCUUCCCUAAAAUCUCAUCGUCACAGAGAGCUCAUUGUUUUUCAUCAGUGGCUUCCACAAGCAAAUUUCUGCUUCUCAUUUUACUUCUUACGCGUUUUUACACAACAGCAGCCCACAAAUUCAAUGUCGCCCACAUAGAAUCCCACAUGCACGACAUUGUCGGCGGACCAAACCUGACAGCUGCCCGGGUUGCAGGCAGAUCCAACUUCACAAACUCCUAUCAAGUUGCAGCUAAUUUUGGAUCCUUUUUUGUCAUCGACAAACCGCUUACAGUCUCACCCGACCGGAACUCGACGGUUCUGGGACGUGCCCAAGGGAUCUAUGCGAUGGCGUCUCAUCAUAAUGAGCUUAGUCUUCUGAUGACUCUGACUUAUGUGUUCAUUAGUGGACAUUUUAACGGCAGCUCUUUCAGUGUCGUCGGCCGGGAUCCGGUGAUGCAGGAAGAAAGAGAAAUGCCGAUAGUCGGCGGUACUGGAAUCUUCCGGCUUGCUCGAGGAUAUUGCUUAGCCAGAACCUUCUCUAUGAAUAAUAUUGAGGCCAUUGUCGGAUAUAAUGUCACAUUCAUACUCAACUAA